AUGGCAUGCUUUCAUCAAGAUGUGACGAAUUUAACCAACCAACUGAUCUUACACUCGGGAUCACCAGGACAUUGCAUAGAAGUUGGGGAUGGAGUAUUUAGUUCUUGGUAUAUGCCUAUGCAAAAACAAGUUAAAUUUGUGUGUGACAAGGUCAAAAGUAUGAAAGAACUAAAGAAUGGAUACAACAUUGUUGGUCUUUCGCAGGGCAAUUUAAUUGCACGCGGUGUAAUACAAUUAUGUGACGGUGGACCUCCGGUCAGAAAUUAUGUCUCAUUGGCUGGUCCUCAUGCUGGACUCGCGGCUCCUAUUCUUUGUGGUCCUAGUACAUUUUGCAUUUUAGCCGACAGGAUAAUCAAAUAUAAUAUAUACUCCAAAUUUGUGCAAGAUCAUUCGUCUCUUAGUGGUUACCUUAAGUUACCCAAUAAUAUAAUUGGAUAUUUAAAUGGAUGUAAGUUUCUCCCUAUGCUUAACAAUGAAAUACCGAGUCAAAGAAACUCGACUUACAAGAGUCGUUUCACUAGCUUGCAAAACCUAGUACUUAUAAUGUUUGAGGACGACAAAGUUAUAGUACCGAAGGAGACAUCAUGGUUUGGUUUUUAUCCAGAUGGGAAAUUUGAACCGGUUUUGCAACCUCAAAAGACAAAGCUAUAUGAAGAGGACUGGAUUGGAUUGAAAAUGUUGACGGAAAGUGGAAGGUUGAAAUAUAUAAGUGUGGGUGGAGCUCAUAUUGAUCUCUCUUAUGCCGAUAUGCUUCGCUAUGUUGUGCCUUAUUUGAAAGCAUAA